GUUCUCACUUUAUUGAUCAAUGCAGCUUACAAACCUAGCCGUGUCUUGCGAGAACUGCAGUUGGAUGAAGAGGCUGCAUGGCAUGGGCAUGGAGAGACCCUAAAAGCCAAGUACAAAGGGAAGAGCUACCGUGCAACUGUGGAAGUUGUGAGGACGGCAGAUCGGGUGGCAGAUUUCUGUAGAAAAACAUGUAUCAAGCUGGAAUGUUGUCCAAACCUCUUUGGCCCUCAGAUGGUGCUGGAUAAGUGCUCAGAGAACUGCUCUGUCCUGACAAAGACUAAAUACACACACUAUUAUGGAAAGCGGAAAAACAAGCGGAUAGGUAGGCCUCCAGGUGGACACAGUAACCUGGAAGUAGCCAUGAAGAAACCAAAUAAAAGACGGAAGAGACGAAAACAUUUUUUUGUUCAUAAGAAGAAACGUUCUUCUACUUCAGUGGAUAACACUCCAGCUGGAUCUCCCCAGGGCAGUGGGGGAGAAGAGGAGGAUGACCAGGACGAGGUAGAUGAAGAAUCUCUGACUGAGGAUAGUACCUCAGAGCACCAAGACGAAUUGCUUGAGGAGUCAGAGGUAUCAGAGAAGAAAUCACUGUCAUCCUCUCCUACACAGAGUGAACUGUCUCAUUCCCUGGCUCAGGACCGAGACAAGCGGAAAAGGAAGCUCAGGACCUUUUCCUUUUCUGAUGAUGAAAAUAAACCUCCUUCACCAAAGGACAUAAAGAUAGAAGUUGCUGAAAAGCUGCAGCUGGACAGUAACCCUCUGGAAUGGAGCGUGGCUGACGUUGUACGAUUCCUCAAGUCCACUGACUGUGCACCACUGGCAAGAAUUUUCCUUGAUCAGGAAAUCGAUGGCCAGGCACUGCUGCUGCUGACCCUGCCCACCGUUCAGGAGUGUAUGGACUUGAAGCUUGGGCCAGCUAUUAAACUUUGCCAUCACAUUGAGAGGGUCAAACUUGCCUUUUACCAGCAGUUUGCUAACUGA